AUGGCCUCAACAACUUUGAUGACCUUCCUACUCUCCACCAAUCCCUAUGUCAAGUCUGUCAAGCUUCUGGGGUCAUGGGACAACUUCGCCCAGCCCUAUAUCAUGCAAAGAGACAAGCGGGUUGGCGCAGGCCAGUGGAGGGGAUGUCACACCUUCACCAACAUCGUGUGUGAUGGCUCGCCGACGCAUAUGACUCCAGCGCGCUCCGGAGGGCUCAAAAUGGGCGGCACAUACUGGUAUUAUUAUCUCUUGGAUGAGGAUAUGGAAUACUUUAACGAGGCGGAGCCUGUGACUACGCAUUGUCCAUUCCUUCCGGGCCAACCUGUCAACGUUCUCCAUGUCCCAAUUAUCCUUCCAGACACACUUCCGACGUUCACCCACGCGAGGAGCCCCAGCUUCCAGCAAGCGGAUCAGCGGACUAUGAACCCUGACGAUAAAUAUAUGAACCCUCGUCGUCCCCCGAAGCCGAAGCUUCCUCGUCUUCGCACGUCUCCCCCGCUAUUACAGCAACCAGCGCCGGCGUGGUCCUUCAGUACUUCCCCUCUCGGCAUCAUCACCCACCGAGGGGCGUCCCAGCCUACCAGCGCCACGCCCAAGGUCAAGUGCUUAGAUGCGCCGAGAGGAUCAGGGAGCAAGACCGCUCGCUCUGUGUCUCCUCCAAGAUCGCGCGGCCUUCGAGCUGCAUUUCGACAUUGGAAUACAUCUUCACCCGACCUGGGCGAUCCGGGCGAUCAGGAUGGGCAGGCGGCCAAGCCCGCUGCACCGCAUGGGCUUUUAGGGCUGCUUCAUGGUCAUGAAAAGACUCAUGAGCAUCACCACCGGCUUGGCAGCAAUCCGGGUACUGCUUUGGAGCAUCCUUCGUCCGUUGAUCAUCGGAAAGAGCACCUAGACACCACUGACUCCCUUCUCCCGAGACCCGCAACUUCCGUGGAUCGCCGCUCAAUGCCCUUGACGAUCCAAGACCGCCGUGCAUUGAACGCAAAGCUGGCGGAACACGCCUCGCAGAGACCGCCCUUGACCCUGCACUCGAGCCCUGAAAAUGGAGGUGUCGGAAACCGCGCGAAUCAAGGGACGUAUCUAAAUAUAAGCAGAAGAUCCCUCCCUUUGGAAUCCCCUUCCAUGUUGCCCACCGCCAUUGGACCUUCGAUGUCCCCCGGGUCCUCCGAAUUGGCUACGACGCCAACGAACUUUACCUUCAGCGAGAAGAGACUCCCGACACUCCCCAACACACCUUCGUCGGUCAUGGACGAAGCGCUACGAGAACUCGAUGCCCGGGAGAAUGGUUUUGAUCCCGAGACCCUAUGCAGCCAUUUCUCGGAUUUCACCGAUACCGAGUCUGUCCCCGGCAGCUCGGUUUGCGAGAGAAGCCACUUUUCCGAAUGGAGCACCGAUACAGAUCUGGUGUCUCCCGAGUCGAUGACAUGUUCGUUAUCCUUCAACCAGCACCCCCCGAUGCCGCAUAUUCCCGAAAUAAUGGGCACCAUGGACUUCCUCAAGACGUCCAUGCCUGCUGAAAUGAGCGAUCCGGAUACCCCCCACCUCACCGUCAAUUCAAAAUCCACGGCGACCUCGAUUGCGGGCGACUCUCCGCUGCUGGAUCACCCGCUCCCUCGUCUUACGAUCUCGUUGUCCCCGUCGGAUCUCGACAUCCCUGGUCUCUGCAUCGACGACGAGGGCCAGGUGGAAAGCAACCCCAAGCGCCACGCCGCGUUUUUCGGGGCGGAUGAAUCGAUCAGAGGCCUCGGUCUCUUGCAGAGUCCGGAUCCGACCACGCUGCAGUUUCCCGAGGGUGUGAGGGGUGACGUGGCGGCUCAAGCGGACGAAGGAAUCGCGACGUCCCGCAAGAGUUACGACCGCCUCAGCAGACUCUCGAUCGUGGGGCAGUCGGCCGCGAUGCGCGAAAUGAUGGACGAGCUGAGUUAUCUGAAAACAGUUAUUGAAUCCGGGUCCAGUAUCUGA